AAAACCUAAUUAACUUCCCAAUCAAAUUAACAAUGUCUUUUGCUAUUUCUAAUCCGAUUCAAUACCGUCUGUAUGGCUCCGGCACCGGAGGCAAUGGAAUAUUAGAAGUUAGAAUAAGCUUUUUCGAACAAAUGAUCUCUCUUUCUCCGGUCACCGGACGUCCGCAUCAAAUCCUCCAUCAAACUCCAAGGAUUCCAUACCACAAUGCUCUGGUUUAUCUCACUUUACGCCAACUCCAAAGUCCAUUGUUCUACAUCACUCAAUUUCUCUCCUCACUCAACAUUCGCCCUGCCGCUUCCCAAAGCAUGGCUCGUCAAAUCGCUUCCCAUAUCCUACAAAUGCCCGACAGAAACGGAGACAGGAAUUUUCAUAUCAUCGCUGAAGUCGAUUUCAUUCGAGUGAUUUGGCUGGAACUGGAAGAGCAAUCAAUGGGUGCAGGGGCGGAGGAGACGGUUGUGUUCGAUGAAGCUCCGCCGGCAUUGAAGAGAGGAGUGGGGAAGGCGAGGGGAGAGAGGUUGAAAUCGGAAGAAAAGGUUGAGGAUUUGGGAGAUUGCAGUAUCUGUUUGGAUGAAUUGAGUUGUGAAAAGAGGGAGGUGAUAAGGAUUCCGUGUGGGCAUGUUUAUCAUGAAUCGUGCAUCUUCAAGUGGCUUAAGAAUCAUAAUUCUUGUCCUUUGUGUCGAAAGCCAUUGCCCCUGAAGGAGGACGAGGAGGACUCAAGCUCAUAAUUCUUCAAUUCUUUUUUGUGGGCUUCUCCGUAUUUGACAUUGUAAUUCACUCAUUCUUCGCAAAAGAGAAACCUC